UCAACGCGCGAGAUAAGGAGAGCUUUUCUAAACGGGAGUUUUGGGCAAUGUCUCGUACUCUCGUUCCUGUACGGUCGAAGCCCACGGCAUUGUUUCCAAACAAGCGAAACCGAGCGUGUCGAUGCAGCCUCCCCGUUUCGCCGUCGCCCUGCCGCCGCUCGUCUCCCGCCUCCCCUCUGCGCCUCUCCAACCUUCUCCUCGCCGUCGCGUCCGUUCCGGUGCCGCCGAGCACGCGGACGCGUCUUCGCGCGCCUCCCGGAGCCCGCCGCCCGCGACCAGAAGCAAGGGCAAAUGGGCGCCACACCGGUGCGGUGGCCGCGGGUGCUGACCCCGGCGCAGCUAGCCGGAGCCAUACGCCAGCAGAAGGACCCGCUCGAAGCCGCCCACCUGUACUGGGACGCACCUCGCCGCUACCCACACUCCUACCGCCACAACGACGACGUCCGCUUCACCCUCCUUGGCACCGCCGCCGGCUCCCCCGUCCUCCCGUCCCUCCUCCGCCGGGUUCUCCCAUCCUCCCCAUCCGCCGACUCCCUCCUUGCCGCUUCGAUACCCAAACUCUCUCCUCCAGACGCCGUGUCCAUCUUCCGCUCGUCGCUCCCCUCCUCCCCGUCCCCGUCUUGGUCCCUCUCCUUCACCGCCCUCCUCCGGCACCUCGUCUCCCAAGCACUACUCCCCGAGGCUGCCCGCCUCUUCGCUGACUUCGCCAGGCGGCCGGAAGUGUCAAUAGCAUCCGCGGAUCUGACUCUUCUCAUAAUUGGUCUCUGCCGCGUGCGCCGCCCUGACCUUGCGCUGCAGGUGCUCGACGAAAUGCCCAACCUAUGCCUCGCUCCGGAAAGGGACGCGUACCGCGCGAUUGUGCCUGCUCUCUGUGAUGCUGGCAUGCUUGAUGAGGCCACACACGUCGUCUAUUCCAUGAUGUGGCGGGUGUCGCAGAGGGGCUGUGAUGCAGAUGUUAUGGUGUACCGGACAUUGCUGGCCGCACUCUGUGCGGCUGGCCGGGGUGAACAGGCUGAGCUGGUUCUGGAUAAGGUGCUCAGGAAGGGUCUGAGAUCACCAAGUAGUCGUCGGUCUCUUCGUGUGCCAAUGCUUGCUGUGCUUAGUGUCGAGGAUGCUCGGGAAGCCAUUGACCAGGCGUUGGCUGUUCGAACUGGACGUACUGUAUGCAGCUUUGAGUCCAUGAUUUUUGAGCUCUAUGAAGAGGGUCGGUUUGAUCAGGCUGACAGAUUGUUCCAGGACAUGGCCAAGAAGGGGUUCAGGCCAACCAUCUGCAUGUAUGAGGCAAAGAUCGGUGCUUUAUGCAGGGAACGGAAUGUGGAUGAUGCUGUGGAAGUGCUGGAAGAGGAGCUGCCAAAGAAUGACCUUGUUCCAACAGUGACAACAUAUAACUUGCUCAUGAAGGGUCUAUGUGACACGAUGCAAUCAAUGAGGGCACUAGAAUACCUCAAAAAGAUGGAUAAGCAGCUCGGUUGUGUUGCUCAAAAGGACACUUUCUCAAUCUUGGUUCACGGUUUGUGCUCAGAAACGAAGUUUGUUGAUGCAUCAAAGUUAAUGGAGAGAAUGGUGAAGGGACAUCAUCGGCCUGACAAAAGUGCAUUCAACAGAGUUAUCGAAGGUUUAUGUUCUGCUGGCAGAAUAUAUGAUGCAUUGCUAUGGCUAGAGGAGAUGAUCAACCAUGGAGAAACACCAAACGCCGGUGUUUGGUCAUCCUUAGUCUCAGCAGUAUGUUUGCCCCAGUUUGAAGCUUUAGGAGCUGGACUGCUGGAGACAGCAUAGGUUGUAACUGCAGAAGAAGACUCGUUCGACCUAGGAAACUCUUGAAACCACAAUACACCAAUAAUGAGUGCCCAAGAUACAAUGAUACCUCAAAUCCAUUUACCUUUCUGCCUGAUCCAAAUGACCUAGAGAACCAUGGCACACUUGGUCAUGAUGACGACAAAUUUUCAGAGAAAAAUAUGGGCUGAAAUGAAUUCAGAAUGGGAGCAGGAGCAGCACUACAGCAGGUGAUGCUGAUAUAGCUUCAUAUGCAGAGUUUUGCUUUCUACACGUGCCCUGUUCACAUUUUUUAUAUUCUUAUAGCAUUAAAACGUUAUAUGGCUCGUCUAUCACACUGGCUGAAUCAUUGAACUUGCCCUAACAAGUCUUGCUGAAGACAUUAGUUAACCAAGGUCAAAUUUGUGACUGUGCUAAGAUAAUAAAGCUAAAAAAUUAUGCAUUUUCCAAACAGCCUUACUCGUACUCUCGAUCGGGGUAGUUUCCGGAAUCCGAAAUUUUAACGCUAUUAGAUAAGAUAGUACUGUAAAUUCCAUUUUUGUUUUUUUUUUACCGCUCUCUGCCCUAACCGCUUUAAUGUACUGCUAGUAACAAAGUGAGUCACCAAAACAACACCAAGAGAGAUGGAAUGCGAGCUAGUGUUUACAUUCAAAAGAGUGCAAAAGCAGCAGUAAGUUUCCAUUGAUUCCAUAUUAGCGUAGACACUAUACAACUCUCCAGAGCACCCACCGAACAACAAACUCCCCAGAAACUUAUUAAGCGAUGCGUCUCUCGGUCAUGCGAUGCAGCUCAGGCCCAGGCACCCUCCCAGCAGAUUCCUCAGGAGCUUCUUCUGCAACACAAACAAAAGAGCAUGAGAACAAAACUCUCACCUAAAAUCUUUCUGGAGUUUACAGUCCAGCUUUAUUGCUCAUGAUCUUUGGCAAAGCUCCACUUGCUGUGAAAAAUGAAGUGCUUAAGCUUUUGAAGAAAGGUCACAGCAUAUAUUGGCAAAGUAUAGCUGUUCUAUCUAGUGUUGUUAUCCUAACAAAAGCUACUUGCAAAGGGUCAGCUUAGGCUAGAUAAAGGCUUAUGCCAAUCACAUGACGAGAACUAGAUAAGAAGUAGACCCACUUAGGUACACGUGGGGUGCAAAUUAGGAUUACAGGAUCCUUGCCUUCUUCACCUUGCAGAGAAGCUGCGGGGAUAUCUUGUAGAGGUCCUCGUCCACAGCUCCCUUGGGCUUCCACUUCUGUUGCUCGUUCACGCGGCGCCUCCUUCCUCCCUUCCUCGCCGCCGGAGGCACAGCAGUUCCUUUCUCCCCCUUCACUCGAACAACGCACUGCACAUGCAAGCAUCGACCACAGAAUUGCUGUAGGGCGUGGCAGGGAACUGGGGCACCUUGAAGAGAUCCUCGUCGUCGUCCUUCUCUGUCGUCGGCGCGGCGAAGAAGAAGGUCCCUGCCUGAAAGUACUGGGUGACGGGCAUGUCGUCCCACAGGUUCCAGUCGCCGAACGCCGGGACUUGGCGCCACUUGCAGUCGUCUUGCGCCUAUCAGAAAAAACGAAACGGAACAAAGCUUACUCCUCUGGACUCUGGUGAAAGCUUGGAAGCCAGUCUUGGAAGCAAGAAAGACAGUGUGUGAAUGUAUGACACAUACGUGCUUGUUUGAAAAGAAAAUAAACACUGUUAAGAGCAUAGUAUGUCUCUUAGAUUAACAGUAGAUAACUACUACUAUCUCUAUUCUUUUUUGUUUGUCACGUUUUAGUUUAAAAUUAAACUAGCGGCGACAAAUAUUUAAGAACAGAGGUAGUAGAGCAUGUCCCAACUGCCAUGGUAUAUUUCUCUGUUAGCAAGGA